UUCAUAAUUUCAAACAUAUUUUUCAAGCUAAUUUUCAAAGCAUUCGUCAUUCAAUAUUCGAAAAAAUAAAAAUGUAUACUGUUUAGUGAAAAUUAUUAAUUUUAUUUCUGUAGUCUAUUUUUCAUCCUUCAUAAUAUUGUGUAAAGUUUCAUUGUAGUACGAAUAAAAACGUUUAUAAUGUGCAAUGUAGCGGGCUUUUCUUUGUAAAUUGAAAUACGAAAUUUGACAUUUUAUCUCCAAUUUAGUUUCAGCAUUUUAUUUUGGUACUUAAGUAACAUAUUAUUUUUUUCUGUGUACUGAUUAAUUUCAACUCGAUAAAUAUGUUCCGUGAACAUUUUAUUUUAUUUUUGAUGUUUAUUUACUGUGGCUUACUAACUGAUCUGAUUAAGAGUCAAACAUUAGAGGUGGUUACUGACAACGAGCUCUUAGAUUUAUGCCGUUCUGAAAACCAAGUAGUUGCUUUAUUUACUUUAAAAGACUGUGACAAGUGUAAAAAGUAUGAAGAAACUCUCACUCAAAUUAGAGAAGAACUUGUUGAUUCAUUAAAUGCUUGGGUUGUGAAAGUGGAAGGUAGCAAUUUAGUACACAUUUAUAAUCCUACUAAAGAACCAACGUUGGUUAUGUUUCGACAUGGUGUACCAUUACUAAUACCUGAGCCAGAUGCUGUUAAUGAUGAAUUUUUGAUAGACAUGUUAUUGAACAACAGAGAUCCUAUUGUUAAAGAACUUAAUGAUAAUAGUUUUGAACAUCUUACUCAGGCAUCAACAGGAGCUACAACAGGGGAUUGGUUUAUUAAAUUUUAUUCAUCAGAUAGUAUAGAAUGUCAACGAUUACAAGCUCGCUGGGAAACAGUUGGUGCUAAACUGAAAAAUCGUGUUAAUGUUGCUCGUGUCAACAGGUACAUUGGGGGAUCAAUAACUGCUCGUCGAUUUGCUAUAAGCCAAUCACCUACAUUUAUUUUAUUGCGCCGUGGUGUCAUGUAUACUUACACGUCAACUGAUUAUACUAUUGAAUCAUUCCUCAAAUUUGUUGAAGAAGAUUAUAAAUUCACAGCUAAAGGGCAAGUGCCUCAACCAAAAUCAACAUUUGAUGAUUUUGUACACAUGUGCUUUGAUGUGCUCAGGGAAAACCCAUUGGCGUGGAAAUUAGGCUUGACCGUUUUGAGUGUAGUAUUGCUGUGUCUUGCUGCUUUGAAGAAAACAUCCAAACCAAGCGAAUAUAAGUCAAAAAAAAAGUCUACUAAAAGUUCCAGUAAAAAAAGCAAGUAAUGUAUGUAUUAUAUACACAUAUAUUUGCAUUAUAUGCGAUAUACAUUUUAAAUUUAACUUACAUAUUUUCAUUAAAUCCUUUAUAAAUUAAAUUCAUGUACAGUUAAUUUUUUUCAUGUCUGUGUUAUUAUUUGAAUUUUUUGUGUUUGAAAUAUAAAUAUAUAAAAUUUUAAAAUUUAUUUUUUAUUUUACCAUGUUAUAUUGUUAUGUAUAAUGUUUGUUUUAUAAUAUAUAAUCCUGCUUUAUCAUUGUACAUCA